AUGGUCGCCAAGAUCGGACUGCUCUUAGCCGGCGCAGCGCUUGCUGCCGCUGGUGGUGUCAAUCGCAGUCUUCCCCUUCCUCCUGGCACCCGAACUCUCAAAGUCCUCGCUUCUCUAGCCACAGAUACAGCCGUUACCGGCACUGCCGCAGUGUACGGAAUCAAUGACAAUGAGAAUGCCAAUGGCGGCCUUGGAUGCCGGGCCUACUACGGCGAUGGCAGCGCCAAUGAUGGCUGGCCGUCCAUCAGCCAAUGGGUCUCGUUCAACUACAUCUGGCAAGUCAACUACAACAGCAUUCAGAACUCGUGUAGCCAGUACGGCGUACCCAAUCUCUCUGAUGACGAGAUGAACGACCUAGAGAACGGCAUCAACGACAUUGCUAACCAAUACAACAUUGAUCAUCGCUUCAUUCUGGCCGAGAUUUUGACGGAAUCGUCCGGCUGUGUUCGAGUCCCCACUACAGGUGGCCCAGCGACUGGCAUCUGGAACCCUGGUCUCUUGCAAGACUUUGAUGGAUACUACACCUGCAACUGCAAUACUUACAACGGCGUGUACAACGAGUACGGUGAGACCUGUGGUGUGGUCGACCCCUGUCCAGCAGACACAAUCAGCAACAUGAUUCGAGAGGGCGCCGUAGGUACUGAUAAUGGAGUCGGUCUUAGCUUCCUUAUCAACGCAGCUGAGGCUCAGGGUGCCCAGGACGCACAGGUCUUUUACGUUGCAUCUGAGUGGUACAAUCAAGGAGAGUACUCGCCCAACUCUACCCAGUACUAUCUACAAAACUGGGCAUGUGUUGUAGCCGGCCCUAAUGGAAGCCGCCGAAUCCAUCCUGGAUUUGGUAAUGCUGCGGAAGGCCAAGCAAUAGAUUUGAGAGACGAAGAGGCAGUAGCAGUUGCCGACAUCACGUAUCAAAACCUGAAGGAUGAUGUUUUACCAGACCAGUUGCGUUUCACCAACCACAUUGCCUCGCUUGACGAAUUGAGCAAAACGUGA